CUCAUGCCGCGCGUUUCGUUUCGUCGCGACUGCGUGGCAACUCCCCCUUCACGACUCCGUUGUGUCUCGGCGUUGCGCCCUGUCUUUUACUUUCGAAAGCACUGAAACUGUCUUGCUCGCACAAGGUGCGAUUUAAUUCAAACAUGGAGCUCACAGUACCCGCCUUUAUGAAAAGGUGUAUUGACUCCUACGAAGCGCUGAGAGGAAAGGUCCCAAGUGAAGUGGGCAUUACCUUCUGGGAUGCUGUUGUUAUAUCAGCUGCUGAUGAAGACCAAGCCUCUGCAUUCCAUGAACAAAUCACUCAAAGGAAAGAGAGGAACCUCAUACCUCUUGUGCCGUAUCAUGUGUUCUCUGAUCCACCUGGACCGAAAGUUGGUUCAGGUGGUGCAACCCUUCACAUACUUGAGCAACUUCGUAACAUGUAUGGAGAAGAACAAAGUCGUAUGAGAAUCCUGCUUAUUCAUACUGGUGGUCAAAGCAAGCGCCUCCCAAGCCACAGUGCUCUGGGAAAGCUGUUUGCACUUCUGCCAAUCACAGCUGCCACCGAGUUACAAAUGUUUGACCUAAAGAUGGCCAUGUACUCUCCAUUCCUGGCAAAGAUGAGAGCUGGCGUGUUUUUGACUUGCUCAGAUGAUAUAGAGACUUACACACUUCCUCUACUUGAAGAAAUCACACAGUCAGGCCACUGGAGCUUUGAAAACUCUGGAUUCACUGCGCUUGCACAUCCAUCCCCAAUUUCAGUGGGGUUAACACAUGGAGUUUAUGUCCUGCCAAAGGAAGUGCAACGUACCUCUAUAUGUCUGACAACUGAGUGCCUUGAAGUUCUGCAGAAGCCCACAGAGAACCUUAUGCGUGACAAGGGUGCAAUUUUUGAAAAAGAAGAAGGAGGUAGCAGCAAGGAGUUCGCUUACACCGACAGCGCAUUCUUCUUUGACUACUCCGUGGUUCUAGUUCACUAUACCGUGGUGGACAUGCUCGUCAAGUUCUACGCCCAGAUCAAGCCAGUGACCCAGGAAAUUGACGCCUACAGAGAUUUUCUGCAGCUUCUAGGUAGUCGCUCAAAGGGAUGUGUUUCAAAGACUGAUGAAGGUGGAGCUGGUGAUCACCUCAGGGUCCAGCAAAUCCUCGGAGACUAUGAGCUCACGUGGUAG